GUCUCUUCCAACAAACACUAGCUGGCGCGCUUCAAAAAAAAAGUGAGCUAAUCCGCUCCCCCCCCCCCCUAUCCCCACCCCGACGUACCGUAGUCGACGGCAGCGUAGUCAUGUCAACAAAUUCAUUGAAGCUCAACACUGCACCGCGGCCAUCGCGGCGAUAUAACGAAGCAGCAGGUAACUCUGGUGGGCUAGAGCCCCGGUACGGUACUUGUGUAUGAUCUGACCUGCCGGCCAGCUUGCGCUGCGGCUCAUGCAUGCCACUUGUGUCGGGAUCGCGUCGUGAGUGGAUUGUUUCUUCACUGUCUUUCUUGAGUUUUAGAAUCAGAUUAAUACUUGUUAAAUUUACAAAAUGGCAACGAAACUACCGAGAGAUGUUUUGAAAUGGAUUCAAAGUCUGGAUCUCACAUCUCCUGUCAGAAACGUCAAAAAAGAUUUUUCAAAUGGCUACCUCGUCGCUGAGAUAUUUUCGUGGUACUUCCCCCAGGACAUCACUAUGCACUCUUACGACAACUGCAGCGGAAUUCAGGGCAAAUUGGGCAACUGGUCCUUGUUGCGUACUUUCUUCAAGAAGAAGAAUAUUGAUAUUCCAAAUCAGUUGAUCGAUGGGACUAUCCAUUCAAGACCUGAUGCUGCCGAGUUGCUCGUUCAAUAUCUGUAUACAAAGCUUACAAAUCGGAAGUUGAAGCGUCUAGCCUUAGACCGUGACAUCGACUUCACGGACCAUCACUACCAGCAGACCUUGCCGAUACAUGCCAGGAAUACUGCUGCAAUGGCAGUCAGAACAAAUCUCAAGAUCACGGAGUUUGAAACAGAACCAAACAUCAUCACCUGUCAACAGAAGGCUCAGGAUAUUAUUACGCGUCACAGUCAGCAUCGGCAAGAAGAUCGCUUAGAAGAUCCUGCACGAUUCAACAUCAAACCUACUAUUGGACAGAAGUGUGUGAGAAGACCCGUCCCCCAAACACCUCAUUCCACCCAGGCCAAGAACAGUCCACAGCGGGAAUACCUAAUCAAAGAAAACACUAAUCCUACCCCCGUGCAAACCGCCUCAUCACCCAGCGUUCACUUCAAGGAAAUCAAGGUCAGUCAACUUGAUCAUGUGACACAACAGGUGAUCCGACCCACCAGCAUGUCUCCAAGCAACGUCCUCCCUCCAAUCUCUGGAAAAUCAUAAUGGCACAUGGGGCUUAUUAAAGAACAUUUCAAUGCCUUGGAGCCGUCCAAUCACAAAAUCACGUGAAGUGUUUUCUGUUAUUGUUUUUGUUUUUUGCUGAUCCGUAUGUUCAGCUUUGGUAGCAGAGUGAGAUGGAAAAAAAGUUGAGUGCAUUUGAACAUUGGGCUUUGGUGGAAAAGAACAUUUCAAUGCUGUUGAGCUGUCCAAUUACAAAAUCACCUAAAGUGUAUUCGAUUUUUUUUUUUAAUAUACAUGUACGUCCAUUUCAGAUUAUGCAAUCCUCUUAGUUAGCUUUGGUAGCAGAAUGAGAUGGGAAAAAGUUGGGUUUAAAAAGUUGAAUACAAAAAGUAUAUAGUUCAAAAAGGAUUUCAAUGUCAGAGCUGACAUUUUAGUCAUUAUUAAAAAACUUUCAGGAAAUCCUUCUGUCCAGGUAGAGUUUGCAGCUAAUGGAACGGACAGAAAAUUUUCAGUCUACAUGUAGUUCAUGGUAGCCUGCGCUAAGCUCUGCGCCCAUGUGCAGUGUAUGUGUUACAGCAUGAUCGGCCAGACUCCAACAGGUAUUUGGUGGGAUUGUAGGUGCUUGUCAACUUGAAUCAUCGAAAAUGUCAUAUUAACUUAUUUGUUCUUGUGGUGCCAAGGUAAUUGGUUCAAAUAAGAGAUUUCUCACAUGUUUGACACUGUAAUGUAGAUGGUUUAUACAUUAAUGUAAAUAUCCUUGUAGAUGUAUUAUUUCAUUAAAUUGCUUGUUGUUAUAGUAACGCACAUGAUCGCUGUAUGCAAAUGCUUUGUGAAUUCAUUCCAUCACCAAACUUCCAUUUGUAAUAUUACAUGUUUAUUCUAUGAAAUAUAUAUUCCCUGCUUAGGAUCACAUCACAUGCACGUAUAUACGAAGUAAUAUUUAUCGAUUGAACUAAUUUUUUUAUCUCACUUUCAUUGAGGCACCUGGUAUUUUCUUAAUACUUAUUUCAUUAAAACCUGUCAAAAAUGUCAUUGCUAUCAGAGUUGGGGCAACUCCAUAGUGGCUGCAUAACUCAGAAUGACUAAAAUGUCAUCUUUUUUGAAAAGUUUAACUCAGAUCUGUUUUUCUUUUUUUUUCUGUUAAUUAUGUUACAUUUUCAUCUAUCUGCAAAGAAGUUUCUUUUUCCAUAUCAACAGAUUUCUGAUAAUAAAGUACUUAACAAAUUGAUAUAUUGUCCCUACCACUUGUCACUACAAAUUACUUACUAAUUGAGAUCUAUAUAGUCUCAGUGAUACAGUAUUACACAACUAGAUAGAUCCUAUUAUAUAUUUGCAUCAGAAUUCAUGAAUUUCAUGUGAAAAAGAAUCUAUUUUUAGGUGUCAUAUCAGCCAAAUAAUGAAUGUUUUUUUCAUUCGUGCAAUGGACAGAAUACUUCAUUUGGUGAAAGAUGAAAUGAAUGGUCCAUUCAACUCAGCUACGUCUCGUUGAAUGGAUUGUUUCAUCUUUCACCUCAUGAAGUAUUCUGUCCAUAGUGCACUCAUAAACAUUCAUUAUUUGUAUAUCAUUGAACAGCAAUUUCUUUCAAAUUCCACAAUUUUUUUAUCGCUUCUUCUUUCUCAUUUUCCUGCUUUUACAAAUACAUUUCCUUUUCAAGGUUGGAUUCCCAUUUAGAUUUACUAAAUGUUAUCUUGAUUAUGCAACUUAAUUACUUUUUUGCCCCAUCAAAAUGCGAUUGACUGAAGUUGAAUAAAUCUCUCUUUACAUUGAUACUAACUUUUGAAGAACAAACAGCUAAGAACACAAUAUCAAUGUGAAUUUCAGCUAAAAUUCAGCAUCCACUGCUUCUUAAUUGCAAAAAUAUUUGAUUUUUUGAAGGAACAGCAUAAUAUGCAGCUUCUUAAAUGUAUCCAAAUGUAAUAUAAGAAAGAAUAAAGUCAACAGAUGAUAAGGUACAAUUAAAUUGAUAUUCCUUUGGCAGUUGUGGUCUUGAGCACUGAAAACUGCCAUUGAUAUUAUUGCAACAUGUAGUUUAUAUCUGUAUUAUUGAUGUAGAUGAUACUGACAUUAACAAUAAUUCAUUACUAUAAUUUUGAAAAAGAACUAAAAUUGGAAUUUAUAGAAUUAAUAAUGUGGCUGAGGGUUUAUCUAUACGUAGUGUAAAGUUAUACAGUAUUUCUUUGACAUCGCCUUUAUAUACAUGUUAUGCAACAAUAGCUUCUAAUGUGUAUUGAAAUGUAUUUCAGGAAAUGAACUAAUUCAAGAGAUGACCUUGUGUUUGUAUAAUAUGUUAACAUUGCCUUUCAAGAAAGCAUGCAUGAUAAUAAUAAAUUGUAUUUGUCUGUACAAAUAAGUUCAAUAAAAUGUGUUUUUUACAGUACAGAAAUCUUCAUGUUAGAUUACAUGAAUAUAAUUAA